AUGGGUGUUUUCAGGCGCGUAUAUGAACAGAUUUUACAAGAGGGACCACCGCCAGGAUUCUUCAAUCAACAUCCGAUCGGCUUCUUCUGCGAUCCGUACGGUGAGCGAGGGCCGUUACCUCCACUGCCUGCUUUCCCCGUCGCCACCGACGCCCCUCAUCCGUUAGUGCAUGAUGGUUUCGGUGAACGAACGUCUCCGAUGACAGGCGCCGGUGGUGGUGGUGGUGUAGUCGGUACCAUUCCGACAUCCCUUCUGCCUACCGACUUCGACCCGGAAAUGGGCGGUUAUCAGCCGUUGCCGUCGAUGUACUCCACCGAGUUGAAAGUGCAUCCGAUGGCGGGUUGGUAG